AAACUCUAGCGCCUCCUAUGGCCAAUAAUUAACCUUUCACCUACUUGUUGUUGACCUUCUCCCCCAGCCUUUUAUAUUGAAAAAUAUUAACAUUAUUUUCCAAAAAUAACGUUUUAGACAAUUAGACGUUUUAUAACAAUUUAGACACCCUUUUCGGCUUAUUUUAUAGACAAAUAAAUAAUAAAUACGCCGCGGAACUUUUGUGUCGCUAUCGACGUUUCCCAGCGGACGCUAAAUAAGGAAGACACAAGCAACAUCGACAAGACUGACGACGUUCGACAUCGCGUUUUUAUCGUUAAUAAACUUUCUAGACGGGCGCAAACAUGUCAAUUUUUACCCCGACUAACCAAAUACGGCUAACAAAUGUGGCGGUGGUGCGGAUAAAAAAAGGAGGCAAGCGUUUUGAAAUCGCCUGCUACAAGAAUAAAGUUGUCAGCUGGCGAUCGGGAGCAGAGAAAGACCUGGAUGAGGUUUUACAGACAAACUCCGUGUUCGUCAACGUUUCCAAAGGGCAGGUGGCUAAAAAGGAAGACUUGUGCAAGGCCUUUGGGACGGAUGAUCUGACUGAGAUCUGUAAACAGAUCCUGGCCAAAGGGGAGCUGCAAGUGUCCGACAAGGAACGACAGAGUCAGCUGGAGACAAUGUUCAGGGACAUUGCGACCAUUGUGGCCGAGAAGUGCGUCAACCCCGAGACCAAGAGGCCGUACACGGUCAAUCUGAUUGAGCGGGCCAUGAAGGACAACCACUACUCUGUCAAGACUACCAAGAGCACCAAGCAGCAGGCUCUGGAGGUCAUCAAGCAGCUGAAGGAGACCAUGGAGAUCCAGCGGGCCCACAUGAAACUGCGUCUUAGGAUGCCGAGUAAAGACGCCAAAAAGCUGAAGGAGAAGCUCAAACCGCUCCUGCAGGUGGUCGAGAGUGAAGACUUUGACGAGGAGCUGGAAAUGGUGUGUCUGGUGGAUCCCGGCUGCUUCAGGGAGAUCGACGAACUGAUCCGCUGUGAGACGAAAGGCCGAGGCUCGCUGGAGGUGUUGUGUCUGAAGGAUGUGGAGGAGGGCGACGAGAAGCUAUAGGACCGCCACAGAAGCAUUAACAUGCGACGUAUAAAAGGCUGAACAAGGCUCAUCACUUAAGCUCCUCCCCUUUCCCACUGAGACUAAUUGCAAGUAGUCUGCUCCAUACUGUCUGGCCAUGAUUGCUCUAAGUUUAAACAUUAGCCGGGUCUUUUUUAUUUAUUUUUGUAAAUUUCAGCUUUGCAUCUUGUCUUUAAGGCUUAAUAUACAUUUUCACAACUUAAUGACUAACUCAUUCAUGUUGUGUCAUUAGUAAGGCUGCUUUUCAAUUCAAUUACAACGAUGUACCUUCUUUUGAACUAAGAACAACAUUAAAAGGUGCUAUCAGAAUUAUCCAUACAACAGCACGUCAAAUUCACUUUACAUUAUUAUAUCUUAGAUUGCCUAUAAAAAGGCAUGUGUGUUAACAGCAUGUACAGGUGGUACAUCUGAAUUAAUACAAUAUAUAUAAAAAGUUCAUUUCAGUUGUUCAAAUUCAAAAGAAAAAUGCUUAUAUUCACUACACAGUAAAAUAUUUCAAGAAAGUAGUUGAUAACUUGAGGAUUACAUUGAACAGUUAAUGAAAAUCCCAAAUUCAGUGUCCUAAAAGGCAAUAAAAUAUCCAAAUGUACUGAAUAAAUCUAAAUAACAAACACAUUUGACUGGUUUAUAUUCUGUAUAUAAUAGUGCUGUCAAAUCUUAUUUUUUUUAAAUACAAUUAGAUUAACCACAAUUUGGAAUUUGGAGGAAUCGUGAUUAAUCACGGGAUUACUGGCUCGCAUAUUUAAAAUUUGCUUAAGAAAAUACCUCAAUAUUUGUACACAAGUGCGAUUUUAUUGUCCAGGAACGUUUUUAAAUGUUUGCAUGGGAUUUAUUUGCACAAAACUUGGUCACAGUUUCAUCUAAAGUUCUUUUAGGAUGUAUUUUGGAGAGUGAAAUUUGCCAGCGAGCAGACCAUUUCUGUACUGCAUUGAUCUGAUCACUGACCGUAAAAGAGCUUGUACGGUCAAAAUAAAUUGCACGAUUAA